AUGAUAAAAUUAGAAGAAGUAUUCACACUCGAAAUUUUGAUAAAAAUUUUGAGUAAAAUAUUUGUCAAGGGUAAUUACUGCAUAACAAAGGAUGAUAUAAACACUAAGAAUUGCAAGGUUCUAAUUUUUGAGUCGAAGUUAGAUACAACAAAUUUGAAAAAAAAUGUAGAUGAAGAGUUUAUUAAUAUGGUGUUUUAUUUUCACAAUAAGAAUUACUUAUUUUUUAUUAUAUAUUGUUUGAAUAAGAAAAAUAUUGUGUAUUUAAAUUUCUUUAAUCCAUUGUUGAAUGAAAAAGAAUGUAUUGAAUCGAUAAAUUUAUUUUUCAUGAAUAAUUUUUUUCCACAUAUAAUUUUGGGACUUAACAAUGGAAAGAUUUGUUUAUACAACCAUGAAGGUAUUAUAUGUAUGCAGAAUAAAUUUAUGGAUAAUAAAAUAAAGAAUAUUUUUAUAGAGCGUCAAAAGGAGUAUAUAUUAUUUGUAUAUGAAAAUAACACUAUAGUAAAUUCUAAUAUUUAUUUAAUUAAAAGGGCAUUAGAAACGAAUUGCAAGAUUAUACCAUUUGAUUAUUCAUUCAAUGUUAAUAAGAACAUUAACAUUAAUCAUAUAUUUUUAAGAAUUAAUAAUAAAAAUCCAGAUCUUUUUAAAAAAGAUUUAUAUUCUAUUUACACCAAGGAUGAAUUAACUAGAUAUAUCACAGAUUCGAUUAAUACACACUAUGUCAACUAUUGCAGAAUUUCUAAUGCGAAUUAUGUUAUAACAUCCAAGUGUAUAACCAUGUCUAUUCUUAGUCUUGUACGUCAAAAUGUAAACAAUGAUUUCUUAACAAAGAAGGAAAACUUUGGUGCAUCGGAAAAAUUGAGUUCUAGAAUAAAUAAUUUUAUAAAAAAUAUGUUUACAAAGAAGAAUGACAUAUCUGUCUCAUCUUCAUCCAUGUCUGUUUCCCCAGCAUCUCCUUCAUCUUUAUUAGCUUCAAAGGUAGUAGUAAGUUCCUCUUCUGUAACAACCCCUUCUCUCGCAAUUCAAAACAUAGAACCUACAAUAUCCAACAAUCCACAUCAAAUCACAUCAAAUAUAUAUGGAAACACAGGGGAUGUAUUGAAUACACAAAUCAUACAUUGUUUUAAUGAUUCGAAAAGACAAAUUAUAGAUAUUUGUAUUUGUCCAUGGAAUCAAAAUUUAGUUCUAGCUUUGGAUAACUUAGGACGAAUCUGCCUCUUCAACAUCUGUACAUUGAACAUUUUGCACAUGUGGAAAAGUUAUCGGUCAGCAUUUAUGAGCUUUAUUCAAAGGAGAAAAUAUUCAAAUAUUCACCAUCCUGUUAACCAGAAAAAGGAAGGAGGAACAGAUGGUAGAAGUAGUAACACCAGCGGAAUUGGCGAAAAUUUUGGAAGAGAUGUGUAUAUUUCUAGUGGUGAUUCUGUAGAUAGCACUGAAGAGACAGAUGAUAAGGCAAUAUUAUUCUACUUAAAGACAAGAAAUUUAAUUGAAAUAUGGAACUUGAAAACGUUGCAUAAGGUAUAUAGUGUACGGACUUAUGAAGACCCACAACUUUUUAAAAUUUUUUUCAUUGACCAGGAUGUUCCAAAUAAAAUUUAUUUUUUUAACACUAGUUAUAAUGUGUUUCUGAUGAAUACUAACUUUGAACUUUUCCAUUUAAAAUGGAUUGGAUGA